UAUAGAGAUAGUUAGACAGAAGAUCUAGUAAACAGUAACCUUCUAAAGAAUAAAUUGGAGAUAAGUAAUGAGGUUCGGACUUCCAGCUGAUUAUGAGUUGGUGGUAGACACUCAACUUGCUCAAUUGCCAGAUAGCGUUGACAGAAAUGACAAUUUAGCACCACAGAGUUUAAUAAAUAUUAUAGACUCUAUCCCUGUUCGAAAUAAAGUACCUGACAAAUUUAGAGAUAUGAUUUCGUCAAUAGACAGAUAUUCAAGAGAGAGUAGACUGAGGAAACUCAAUGAGGUUAGUGAAAAAGUACUGGCAUUCAACAAUGACCUCCAUAGUCAUACCGCUUUAAUACAAAAUGUCAUAUCAGAUCUUACUACUGAGUUCAACAAUAAAUUACAACUUCAAAAUUCUGAAGUUCAAAAGAUCAUACAUGAGGAAAAGGAGAGAAUAAGACUAUUGAAAGAGUUAGAAAUCAAGAAGGAACAGGAGAGACUACGUAAAAUUGAAGAAGAAAGGUUACGAAAACUUGAAGAAGAAAGAAUAAGACAAGAAAAGGAAAGGCUACGAAAGGAAGAAGAAGAACGAGCCAGAAAACUAGCUGAAGAAAAGAAGAAAGCUUUGGAAGAAGAGAAACAAAAAGCACUAGAACUCGAGAAGAAGCAAAAAGAAGAACAGGCUAAACGAGUAAAGUUAGCUAAAGAAGAAGAGGAAAAGAAGAAAUUACAGGCUGCUACCCUUGCAGAUGCAUCAAAAGUUGAAAAUCAGUUCUUGAAGUAUAAAGCAGAUAUCGCAAGUAUCAAGAAAGAUGUUGUAGGUAAGCUUGAUGAAAACAAAGAUUUAAAGAAGAGUGUCAAUCAAAUCAAGAGAAAAAUAAAUCCUAAAUUCGGUCAAUUAUCUAAUUCCAGAAGACAAUUACAAAAGAUCAGUCAAGAAGUCAUUGAAUUAGUAAAGUUAACUCAGCAAUCACCAUUGGCAUACAAGUUUAUAUUAAAUUUUAUUGCAAAAGCUGUAGUAGAUCAAGCAGAAACAGAAGUCAUUGUCAAACCAACAGCUGCUUUGCCUUUAGCACACUUAUCAAGAGCCUUGUUGCAAGCUUAUCCAGAAUUCGAAUACUUUUUGAAUGCCAGAUUUGUUAAAAAAUGUCCCUUUAUUAUAGGUUACUCGUGUUCAAUUGAUUCUGAACAAGGAAGAACGAGGAUGGGUUGGAAAAGAAGAGACGGUAAGUGGGAAGAUGAAGUGAAGUACGAUGAAAGAGUAUCGGGUAUUUGUACUGUGUGGGCAGCUAUGGCUAGAUUGGAUGGGUAUGCUCCAGUCCAAUUAUACAGUGUUGAAGCAUCCUGGACCUUUUUGGCUCGCUCCAUUAACCUCAAACCCGAGUUAAUAACUAAUACUCAAUUCUCCGUGGUAAGUAACUGGUGGGAAGCAGCUGCAAAACAAUUCUUACCUAAGUUUGGGAAGCAAGGAGUCAAGAUUAUGACUGUUUUGGUGAGAGAAUGGCCGUUGUCUGUGGCUAAUAGAAAAUAUCCGGCAGCUGCCAGGCUUUUAAUCUUCGGUGAAGAUUGGAUGGUUAAUAAUAAAAUCGAUGCAUUAAAAGAAAUGGAGCCAUAAUUUUUGUAUAGUAGGUAUUU